AUGAAGCCGAUCCCCCUAGAUGUCGCGUGGCACAUCUUCAACCAUAGCGAACCCCACGUCCAGUCCCGAUUCGCACGAUGCUCGCGCGCCUGGCAUUCGUUCUUCAAUCCCAAGCUGUACCGGCACGAUGUCAAGAACGGUCAGUGUUCUGCCGUCUUCAAGACCAUUGCCCAUUGCACAGAGAUGCGGGUGGCCCUCGCCACACUUGAGCAUACCCACCGAGCCGGCGCUGACUACAACAAACCGACGACCAUGUACAUGAUUGAAGCCCAACAGCCCAGCCCUUUUCUCGUCACGGCCCUGUACCUGGCCGCUUCGAAAGGCUAUCCUAAGAUCGUGACGUUUCUCCUCAAUCACGGCGCGGAUAUCGAUGGCGUCCCGGACUGCCGGCUGCGCACUCCCGUCUUCAUAUCUCUUCUCAGCCGCGAUGCAGAAACGUCCAUGGUCCUCCUUCGGCGUGGCGCGCACCUUGAGUCUCCCGAGUUUGGGAUCAAUGCGCUGCACCAAGCAGCUGCUGCGGGACUGACUGAGGUCAUCACCUAUCUGAUCGAGGAGAAAGGACUGGGAGUGGACCAGGUCGACAGCAACGGGGACACGCCGCUGAUCCACUCGCUGUUGUCACCGUCGCCCGAGACGGUCAUAGCCCACCUGGCACGAUUCGGGGUGGACGUAAACCAGACGACGAUGAUCGACACGUGGCGCAUGACGGCUCUGAGUAUGGCGUGCGAAGACGGCAUGUUCUCUGCAGCCCUGUCACUUGUAGAAGCCGGAGCGGACGCCACGGGCGAGUCGGACGGCUUGGUCGAGGGGGCCGACCCCGCGCUCCGCAUCUACGACCAGAAGCCGCUCGAGCUGGCACUGCUGGCUCGGUCCAAGCAAACAAACGGGAGGACGGCGGCAGUGAAGCAGCGGCUCAUCAAGCGUCUCGUCAAGUCAGGCGCCGACCCGAACGCAAUGGUCUGCAUUUCUGCGCGCUGCAACUGGACGGGGCCUCUCUUGCUGAAGCUCAUCCGCGCGAGGCGUCGUUGGGAGGCUGAGAUGUUGCUCUCUUCGGGCCUCUUGGACGUUGAUCAACGCGACUCGCACGGUGCGACAAGCCUUACUUGGACCCUCUCCACGUGCCAUGGAGACCCCGUUAUGGCGUCGAUUUUGUUGCGGCGUGGUGCCAAAAUGGACGAAGAGGUGUUGUGCACCGUCAUCGACAAGCUGGUGCGGCUGGCGGAUGCGCGAGAUCAUUGGGGUGUGAUCAGCCUCCUGACGCGGGAGCCCAAGCUGUUGAAGAUAUUCCAUGUGUUGUAUUCGCACUGCUUUUGGGCUGCAUCGAGAAGCGGCGAUGCGGUGGCAACGCGAUUUCUGCAGGAUUCGCCGAGGUCAAUCGUGCGGAUGGUUACGGAGAUGCUGAAGCAUGGGAUCAGUCUGACUAAAUCGGGGGUUCUCGGCGUGUUGCGGUUCAACAAGAAUAGGGGGAGAAUGUCAGGGCCGGUUAUCGCGAGGAUGUUUCCAUGA